GCCAGAUCAAAUACAUUUAAUAUGACCAUAGAAAAGCCUACCAUUUUUUAGCAAAAGAAGUAUUGGAACAAGAGAGACAUUACAUACAGAAACAUUGAGAAAAAAAUAAUAUACUCAAUUGAGUGUUACGUCUUCCUCUGCAACCUUUUUCGUUCUGACCCAUUUUCAUUCACUAAAACUGCAACUUCUCUUCUCCCUUGUUCCUCCCAAAACCUCCACGCCUAAGCUUCUUCUUUAUUUUGUUUUUAUCCUCAGAGUCUCUUUAUUUUAUUUGUAUCCUCACAAUCUCUGCUUUUUCUUCUCUCUGACUUCAAGCUUUCUUUCCUAGGGUUUAUCUUUUUUUUUCAAUGGCUCCACCUCUCAAUCCAAAAGCCCCUGAAUUUUAUCCAAGAAAUCGAGCUCAAGAACUUUCACAAAAACCGAAGUUUCUUUCAUUCACCACUUUCAGUGUUAAGCCGGGAAAGCUCAGUCGACCCAAAUGUCUACCUCCGAGAUUGUUGAAGCAGAAGGCUUGGGUCCAAAAAAAUCGAAAUGUUUUGCCAAGAAAACCUCUUCCUCCUCCCAAAGAAGCUGAGCUCAAAUCUCUGUUUGGUGACCAAACAUCUGUUAUGAUACGAAACAUUCCAAACAUGUUUGGACGAAAGGAUCUUCUGAGGAUUUUGAACAAUCAUUGUCGUAGAGAGAACAAAGUUCAACAACAAAUUCCUUCUUCCUAUGACUUUCUCUAUUUGCCCAUGGAUUUUGUGAAACACGCGAAUUUAGGGUACGCUUUUGUGAACUUCACGAGCUCGGUCGCAGCUGAGAGAUUCCGGAGAGAAUACGACAAUUUCUCAUGGGUCGGCUUUGGGUACAAGAAGAUUUGCGAAAUCUCUGAAGCCAAGUAUCAGGGGAAAGAAGAGUAUACUCAACAUUUCAAGGACUCUAGGUUUCCUUGCCACACUGACGACUAUCUUCCGGUGAUUCUCUCCCCGCCUAGUAAUGGUUUCACAUGUUACAGCCUCGCGACCCUCGGAUACAGAGUCAGCACACGUGGCGGUGGAACAGGCCGUCGCAUCCAUGUCGCUUGAUCUUUUAGGGUCUUGAAGAAGGAGGAUCCUUGUUUUCAUUCAUCUCCCAAUGACGUGACGUCACGACCUGGGUGAAAUGGAAACAUAACCUUUCUCUAUCUUUCUAUCGUUCGCUUAAUUAGUUUGCUACUGAGUACUUAGUACCACUAGUUCUCCGUUUAGGUUUCGUGUUUGUUAUUUAGUAUUUAGUCAAUGAAAUUAUGUACUACUCUUGGACAUCCGUACAAUGGUUAUUUCAUAUUUGAGUUUUCUACCUUUCUAUAGUUUUUACCUUUUAGUAUACCACUGAAAUAUUUAUAAAUUACAUUAACUACGAAUCAGCUUUUUUGAAAAAUUUGGGGAUGAAUUAAUCGUGUUAUAUCAACAUGACAUACAACAUACUUUUUACAAUAAACUAUUGUUUAUUUGAGUAAUUUUAAUUUUUUGGUUUUACAUAUCUAAAUGGUAAUGUCAACUAAAGUGCCACGUCAUUACACCAAUUAAAUCUCACCAUUGUGUUAUUUCACCUUUUUUGUUUAAAAGUAUGGAACUUCACAUAGGGAGUUCUAAAAAGAGAUCACUUUAUUAUAAUUAAUUAAAACCUUCUUGAUGUUGUCAAAUCACGUAGACAAUGUAAAUUGAAAAGAAAAAAAAAACACUUUUAUUCCAACCAAGAUCUCAUACAUCUUGGUGAACCACAAACUAAAACAUAAAAAAAAAGGAAACUUUGAAACAAUCCAAUCUCUUCAAAUAUAACUAAAAAGUUCAUCUCUCUUGAUCAUGGAAGGACGAGUCCCUUCACUUAGGAUUUAGGAAUCCUUUAUAAUAUACUUCGCGGAUUCUUUCUCAUGACGUGUGAGGUUAUUUUUGAAAUCAAUGUAAUAGAGUCCGAAUCUGUUCUUGUGCCACUCGAAGUUAUCCAACAAUGACCAUAUAAAGUAUCCUGUAACAUUUACUUUGUCGAUGCUGCAGAUUUGAUAUCAAUUUUCUUAUUAAAUUUUUCAAUAUAAUUUAGUAUCGAUCGUAUACAGGAGAUAGUAAUUACCAAAUAGCUUCAUGUAUACUCAAAAGAUGCCUCUGGAGAUAGUAUUUCCUAUUAUGAUCAGCAGUACCAUUUUUAAUCGAAUCUGUAGCCCCAAGUUCUUCUCCAUAUCCUAACAUAAAAUAUCGAUCAAUGACUUUUUAUAUUUAUGUUUAAAACAAAAUGAAUUAAAAUGUUUGACAAAUCAUACUAAAAUAUCUAGUUACCAUUUUCCAUGAUCAUAAUCUCUGGAUUUGCGUAGUUAUCCUUGAUGUAUUUCAAAAGAUUUCUCAAGUCUUCCGAGUAAACGUUCAUUGCAGCUAGCGGUAAAAGGCUGAAAACAAAAGUGAAGAUGUUAUGUCAUAAUUAAAUUUUUAUCUUCUUGUUUACAACAGCAUGCA